UAGCAUGAUGCUAAACCCAAUGUGACGCAGUUUUGUACAAAGACUGAAAUAAAUGCCAACUUGAACUAUUUUAACAUCUUGAAGACACGCAGAGAGAGAAAGUUUGGAGUUACGACUCGCUUUUAGAUGAGAUUUUAAAUUGAGUAUAUUGUUGUUGGUGAGCAUCACAAAAGGGACACAAGGAACGGAUUUUAAACUAAGUUUAUGAUAGAAACAUCACAAAGUAGUAUAAAAUGACACUCAUGUUCGUGUUUUUGUAGCUAGUCGAACGCCAAACAAAAUACUAAUGAAAGUAAAAUUAUUUGCUUUUUCUAACAAACUUUGCAAAAGAUUUCCUUCUGUCAAAUCAAAGCCAAAAUUUACUAAAAAGAUGAGGUCAUUGGCUGCUUCUGCAAUUAAUCUCAAGCAGUCAUGAUUAAUCUAGCAAUAGAUUAACACUUUUUAAAAAUUAAAACCAAAGUUUGUAGCAGAUUGACUUGAAUCGAAUGGCAGCUCUGGUUCAAAUGGCAAAAACGGUAAUAAUGAAAGUGAAAGCAUCCGUAAUGAAUUCAGCAUGUGCAUUCAGUGAGUAAUUGCGAUCAAAAUAUUGAUGUUUUUAUCGUUAAAGUGACUCUUUGUAUUAGCUUUGGUACACCAAACAUUCCAAAAUCACAAGUGUCAGGAGAAGAAGCUGACCAGGAAUGACUCGGCAAUUUGAGUCACAGAUUCAGGAACUAAUCAAGAAAAGAGAACUAAACCAAGAUGAACUGCGACCCCUCUACAUGGAUUUUCAAGCCACCACACCUAUGGAUCCUCGUGUUUUGGAUGCUAUGUUGCCAUAUCAGGUGAAUUACUACGGCAACCCUCACUCCAGGACGCACGCCUAUGGCUGGGAAAGCGAAACCGCCAUGGAGACGGCAAGGAAGCAGGUGGCUGAUCUGAUCGGCGCCGAUCCCCGUGAGAUUAUCUUCACCAGCGGGGCAACUGAAUCCAACAACAUGGCCGUCAAGGGCGUGGCCCGAUUCUACCAAGGAAAGAAGCGUCACGUAAUCACCUCCCAGACGGAGCAUAAGUGCGUUCUGGACUCGUGUCGGAUUCUGGAGUCUGAGGGAUUCCGCGUAACUUACUUGCCCGUGCAGACGAAUGGGCUGAUCGACCUUGAGCUGCUGGAGGCAUCCAUGACUCCCGACACGUCUCUGGUGUCCAUCAUGACCGUCAAUAAUGAAAUUGGAGUCAUGCAGCCCGUUAAGGAAAUUGGUCGUCUCUGCCGCUCCAAGGGCGUCUUCUUCCACACGGACGCUGCACAGGCUGUUGGGAAAGUUCCCAUCGAUGUGACAGACGCCAACAUCAACCUCAUGUCAAUCAGCGCCCACAAAAUAUACGGCCCUAAAGGCGUUGGUGCGCUAUAUGUGCAACGGCGGCCGCGGGUGCGACUGGAGCCGUUGCAGAACGGCGGCGGCCAGGAAAGAGGCCUGCGCUCGGGGACUGUGCCCACCCCACUAGCCGUGGGCUUGGGGGCUGCCUGCAGCAUUGCACAGCAGGAGAUGGAGUACGACCACCAAAGAGUGACCAUGCUGUCAAACCGUCUGGUCCAGAAGAUUACCUCUCAGAUUCCUGACGUGAUCAUGAACGGAGACCCGCAGCAACGGUACCCAGGCUGCAUCAACUUGUCGUUUGCUUACGUGGAGGGAGAAAGUCUACUGAUGGCACUCAAGGACAUUGCGCUGUCAUCUGGCAGUGCGUGUACAUCAGCUUCACUGGAGCCGUCAUACGUCCUGCGAGCUAUCGGUGCUGAUGAGGACCUCGCCCAUUCCUCCAUCAGGUUUGGGAUCGGUCGCUUCACCACAGAGGAAGAAGUCGACUUUACAGCGGAGAAAUGCGUCCAUCAGGUGCAAAGACUUCGCGAGAUGAGUCCUCUUUGGGAGAUGGUUCAAGAAGGCAUCGACCUGAAGAGCAUCAAAUGGACGCAGCACUAGACUCCUCCCACUUGCCGCUUGACUUCCCUCAGAUGUCAACAAAAACUUCUCGGAAAUGAUUUUAUGCUAUUUCUAUCCCCAUUGCCAUACUCAAAACACGCACAAGUGAACCUUUUGUAUUAUCAUAACUUGUAGGAGCUGCCACGUUUUUGAAUGAAUGUGCUUUUUUUGUCGCUUGGUGUUCAUGUUGGGGUUUUUUGUUUGUUUGUUUGUUUGUUUUGGUUUGGUUUAAAUUUCACAAGCUUGUUUUUUGGUCAAGCUGCAACAUUUUAACCCAGUAGAAAAAUGUUGAACAAACAAGAAAAAAGCAAACUGUGAAACCAAUGUCUCGCGUUCAUGUCAGUAUUCACGUAGCGUGUCUGUGUAUUAACAUCAUUGUUUGCAGCUCACAUACAUUAAAUAAAGGCUAUUUAUCACUCAC